CCUCCCGGAAAGAGACAACAGCGCACUCUAGCGGUACCGGAAACACUUUAUCUCCAAAACGAAGAACAUGGCUUAAUUCUCAUGAGAAAUGACUUGACUCCAAAAUAUAGGCCAAUGGAUAAUCCAGUUCAGGACUAUGAAUUCCUGGAUCUGUCUGGUCUGGGGGAGGAGGAUUUGAGCCACCUGCGCUCUGUGCUCGGGGUUAAUCCUGAGCAGCAGGGUCUGUCCUUGCCAUGGUCGGAAGAAGAUGAUGGCAUUCCAGAUGAGCCUGAAACUCUUCAGGUCAAUGAUAUACCAUGUGGAUGGAUAGGCUCACCAGACCCAGCAUCACACAUUCAGUUUGCGGUGACCGCCCUCCCUCCCCCUCAUGCCUUCCUUCCCCCCCAAUUCUUCAGCGGCGGGUCCCCCACAUGUCAAUGGUUACAACCAAUACCCUCAGGUGAGCCUGUGAAUGGAAGUCAUUUGGAGUUCACAUCGGAUGUGGAUUUGAUCGGUGGGGAUGAAUCCUCCCUGUCUGCCCCCCAAGAUGUUGUCCAGCCUCUUGCCGCUCCACCCAUGCACACGUCCGCCACCUUGGGAAGUGUGGUGACUACAUCAGCUCCCCCGCUCGCCUCUCUACCGGACACUUCUAUGAUGCAUGGCCCACCUGUUCCCGCAUAUGCAUCUCCACAGCCAGAAGAUCACACAGUGUACUCUCCAUUGCCCUACAUGUCUAACCCCAUGUACCAGCAUCCCAUGCAGUCCUACGGCCACCCUCCCGUGGCCCCAUACCCGAUGAUGGAGCCCUCGCAGCCGCCGCCGCCUCCGCGCGACCAGCCCAGAGGCCGAGGGCGGAAGUCGAUGAACAAGAACCGCGACAUGAUGCACCACGUGACUCACUACGACGGGUACACACAGUACCACCAGCAGUACCCGCAACAGUACCCCCAGUACCAGUACCCGCCACAGAUGCCCCACCAGGCAGGCUCGCCCAUCUACGUGUACCACCCAGUGUACGAGUACCACCCCACCGUACCGCAGAUGGGCAUGCCGACCGUGAGUGUGCCGAGCGUACCCCCGCCCAAGGUGCCCUACCCCCAGCCUGCGGUGGCUGCGGUGCCUGCGGCCCCCGCACUCAUCUCAGCUCCUCCGAUGAUGCCUAUGGCCGCUCCGCCGCCGCAGGUUACAGUGGCUGAGCCUGUUCCAGCUGCCGCCCCUGUUGCAGCCCCCCAGCACGUAGUCAGUGCCCCCAAGCCUGCACCGCCCGCCCUCGCCCCCAGUCCCCAACACCCUCGACCCGGGCAACACACCCCCGCAGGCGCGGUGCAGACGGGAAGGCGCUCUGUGGAAGUGAAGAAGCCUGUCUCGACGACCUCUGCGGAUCCGGCAGCCUCGUCGAUGCCGGUCCAGCACGAAGUAAAGCUUUCAGUCAGUGUCAGCCAACCGUCGAGAGUGAGCCCUACUUCUAUGCCAACUCCGCAGCCUGUUCCUGUGGAGCCGAGUCUUCCUGUGGCACCAGAUCCUCCUGUCGCGGCCGCUGCCGUCCCUGCACCUACCGCCGCCCCUGCACUUGCCGCCGACCCUGCACCCGCCCCCGCCCCCGCUCUAGCACCCACCCCAGCACCCACCCCCACCCCUACUCCCGCUCCCCCAUCUGUUGCCCCGGCACCUGUUCCCAAACCUGCUGCCACACCUGUGCCGCCCCCUGUCACCGCACAGCCUGCGAAGUCUCCGACGCCUGAGCCACCUGCAUCAACACCAUCAACUGCUCCAGCUCCUUCACCAGCUGAGAACAAUGUUGCUGCCAAAUCUGAAGAAGUUCAAGCCUCUGCGCCCCCACAGUGGGGAAAAGCAUCUUUUGCCUCUCUCUUCAACAAUAAGUCAUCAAUGCAAGGAACUUCUGGCGAUUAUUCGUCUAGUCACAAUGCAGCCCCUACAUACUCCUCAUUCAACAAUCAACGAAGCGAUGGUCCGCAAGCGGUUUCUCCUCCAACACAGUCAGGCUGGGGACCAAUGCAACCUCCCUCAAAAGGCAAUCUUAUCUCUGGCCAGUCUCGUCGUCUUCCAGCAUCUUCUGCUAUUCCAACUGGAGUUGCUCCAUCCUUACCUCCACCAAACCCUGCUCAUGAUCCUAACUUGUACCGGUUAUCUGAAUUUUUACAUCAAUGCAAACUUAACAACAAGCCUGCUAGUCUUCAGCCUCGAGGUCUUACUAAUCGCAACAAUUGGUGUUAUAUUAAUGCCACACUGCAAGCUUUACUAGCCUGUCCGCCGUUUUAUAAUCUUUUCUACAAGAUGCCUGAUACUCCUAGCGGUCGAUCGUCUGAUUCUCGAACCGCCAUUAUUGAGAGCAUGAAGACAUUUGUUAAGGAAUUUACUCCACUUGCUGCAUCAGCACGCCUUAAACGAGCAGAUCGUGCUGCAAGAAGCAAAGAUGGUGAAGUUGGUGCGGUUCAUAAUGACAUACCUACGGGCCCUGCAUUUGAGCCAACCUGUGUAUAUCGCAUGUUGUCAGUCAUUCAAACAGAUACAAUGGUUGAAGGAAGACAAGAAGAUGCAGAGGAGUUCUUGUCUUGUCUUCUUAAUGGAUUAAAUGAUGAAAUGCUUGAUCUCAUGAAAUUGACUGAACUCUCUAAUGGUGAUGCCUCUGGUGUGAACCCUUCUGUUCUUUCGACUUCCAAUGGAGAGUUGGAAUCGUUGAGCCCUGAUGAGGCUGACGAGUGGAAGGUCAUGGGACCCAAGAAUAAGGGGUCCAUAACCAGGAAAGCAGACUUUGGUAGAACACCUUUGUCUGACAUCUUCAGAGGCCAGCUCAGAUCAAGAGUGUUUAGGAACACACAUGAUAACAAUAUAACUGAUAAUGUUCAACCUUUCUUCACUUUGCAACUUGACAUAGAGAAUAGCAACUCUGUAAAAGAAGCCCUAGAAGCAUAUGUCAAGAGAGAUCAAUUAGAAGGUCUAACAUGCUCUCGGUCAAAUCAGGAAGUCAUGGCGUGGCAGGAAGUGCAGCUUGAGGAACUUCCACCAGUGUUGCUUUUGCACUUAAAGUGUUUCGACUACAGGCAUGAGAGCUGUUCUAAGAUAAUCAAAUCUAUAGAAUAUGAAAUUAACCUCAAGAUUGAUGCUAAACUGUCAUCAAAGAAAAUUCAACAGCUAUACAAGCUUUUUGCAGUUGUCUACCAUGAUGGGAAAGAAGCCACUAAAGGCCACUAUGUUACUGAUGCGUUCCAUGUGGGAUACAAUUGUUGGAUUAGAUAUGAUGAUAGCUCUGUUAAAGUGCUAUCAGAGCACCAUGUACUGCACCCCCGCUCGCCUCGUAUGCCCUACCUCUUGUAUUACCGCCGUUGUGAUCCUAUGGACAAACACUGAAACUUCGUGCUCCAAGUGGCUCCUAACUUUAGAGAGAUGGAUUUUCCAUUUUGAAUCUCUCUUUCCUGUAGUUUUAUGACAAUCAUUUGUAUUAUAGUCAUUAUAUUCAUCAUUUGUCAUUUUGUUGUAUGUUUGUUUAAAGUAGUGAAGGAAUAAUAUUUAAUUCUUUGCUCAGGGUGAAGGUUUUGGUUGCUGUAUUUGCCAGGUUUUUCUGCCCUUCUCGAGUUAUGAGAAAUCUUUAUCUGAUAAUUUUUUUCCCCUGUUUAUGAAUCCAAACAUGUAGGUACAAACUUUUUGAAGUGGUUAACAUUAAAAUUAUUUUGUUCCAAAUAUUGAAAGUUGAAUAUUGUGCCUUUUGCUACAGACUGUCGUUAAUAUGCAAGGUUUGGACCUACGUGUAAUGUGAUAGUGACUAUUGAAUAUACUUCCAACUGAAUCAUGUAUUUGAAUCAUUUGGCUUAGUUGAUAAACUGGGUACCUCAGGUAAUUUGAGUUUGGCAUCGUCACAAAGCUUUUAUAAAUUGUAACAUUUGAAAUUGUCAAAUUUUGUCAAAUAUCUGUAUGUUAAUUAUUAAGUGAAGCAUAUGCUCUGUCACUGUUAUAGACUUAGCAACCAAUUUAACAGGGUUGUUUUCUAGUAUGUUUAAGCUAGGAAAACCUUUGUUGGAGUUUUUGUUUGUUGGUUCUUAGACUACAUCAGCUAAAAAUGAUUGGAAAGAGUCAUCUCGUUUUCAGGUGAGGCUUUUUUUUUCUUUUGCAUCUGGCAUUUCAAGUCCUUUCUUUCCAAUGCUACUGACUGAUUGCAUUUUGGUCCUAAGAGUGACCUGUAACUAAUUAUUUGUUCAUAGCUAUCAUGACUUCAACUCGCUCUUUCUUGGUACAGAUUGAGCAUAGUCAAUAUUUUAAUAAUGUUUAAAGUGAUCUUAUCUUACCAUUCUGUUAGAUGGUAUAGAGUUCAUCAAUAUAUUUUCUUUUUCCCUCUCUUUACCCUUGUCAUGUGACUGCCAUAGCCUUUAUUUUAAGCAACAUUCUUUGUUUCAAUAACACACUGUAGCCCAUCUGAGAGUCAGUACUUUCCUACUUUAGUGGUGUUUGUGUAACGCCUAAACAAGUUCUCCCUUUCCUUUGUCUAGUUUGUAGUUCAGCUAGAUUUAUUAUUCUUCUAAAACUUUAUCAUACAAUUUUGAUUGGUUUUCUGGUCUUUGUUAUCCUUUCAAAUUAUUUCUCACUGCUAGCUGAUUUCGACUGAACUUUUUAAAAUCUGUGAUUGUUUUUGCUAAAUCAACCUCAUUCACAUGUACUUAUUGAUAUGUCUGUUGUGGGAUCUCGCCCAGAUUAAAGUGAAUAAUAUGAACUGUUGGCCUUCAAUUGUUAUCAUAGGCAAUAUUGUGACAAGCAAAUUCCGAAUGCAUCAACUUCGGUUGUUGUUCGUUACUUCAUAACUAGAAAAUUGAUGUGAUUUUGUGCUUUAGGUGUGCUGCAACUGAUGAUGCGCCGUGCCUUAUCCACUUCCCAUCCAUAUUAUUUUUCUACAACAAACCAUUUUUGUACUGAAGAUGUGAGAUUGCUUUGAUGUAUAUAGGCUCCUUGUAUUAUGAUUCAAUUUUAUUUUUCAAUAGCGAUGGGAAAUGCCUUAGUUUUGUCAUGUGAAAGAACAUAUUUUGGUUAUUGCUAUUAGGCAUCUGCAAUAUUGGUGGAGGAGGUCUAAUGAUGAGUAAAUUUUAUUUUUUCAAUGUAGUUGAAAGUUGUGAAACCAGAAUUAGGAUACUUAGCAUAUUUUAAAUUAAAAUAUCUGGAAGUGACCAAAUUGACUACAUAUAAUGUUGUUUCUUCUUUUUAAAAUAUACAACUUUUAAUCACUGUUUUAAUUGGAAUAUCUACGCCUUUGUCAUUUCUCUAUGGACGUUUUGUUAAGCAGUUCUGCAAUGUAAAAACUCUUGUAAAUUUAUUGUAUAUUUUUGUGCCAAAGCCCAUACAUGUAAAUAUUGUUGCCGUUUUAAGUCAUAACCUGCUUUUAGCAUUAUUGGAGUUGUUUACCUGUACAAUAUUUCUUUUGAGCAUAGUUAGGGUAAUAAAUUGCGCCUACGCUGAGGUUCUUACGACCAUGUUUUCUCAGUACCCAGACUUACAUCUCAAAUGGGGAAAUUCUGGGUGUCUCUGUGAAGGUGGUUCAAAUCCGUGCCCAUCUCAGCAUUAUGGCAGUAUUUCUUGUACAAUGUGUAGUAAAUUACUACGGUUAUAGUAUUUUAUAAAUGACAGUUUGUGGGGUAAUAAAGUGGUAAAUUUCAAGUUUUCCUUUAUCAAAUUUUGUUUUAAGAUGAUUGUAAGUGUCUGUUUUGUUGUAUUCCCCAUCAUUUUCCCUUCCCUUCUCAUCCCUGGGAAACUUCUGUGCUUGAGGAGUAUCAGUAGUGUUUUAGUAAACGUUUAUUAUUAAUUCAACCUCACGGUUGUUGAUCUUAUUGUGCUUUGGCACGAAACAUUGAGAUAUUGUUAAUGGCUUUGAUUCAAGCCUAACGAAUGUGAUAUGUUAGCUGAGUGUUACCCUUGUUCUCUCAGGAUUUGUUGACAGCAAGCCUAAUAUUAAUGAUUCCUAAGUUUUAGAAAGGAAGAAAACUGUUAAAUUUGGCAUUUUGUGCGAGACUGUAACUAGGUUGUACCUAAUAUCCAUCUAACUUUGCGUGAAUGGUUUUGCACUUUACUUGUGUUAGUUCACAUUUGGAGUCGUCGCAUAAUUUUUGUGCUUGAAUGGAGCGUAACUAACAAGUUCUGUUCCACCUACUGUUAUCAAAGGACAAACCGUGUACUGAAGAUAGUUUGUCAUAAUAAAUCACUGUUUGCUCAAAA